CUCCAGCAAUGUUUCGCGCAGCGAAUGUUCCGACUUGAGGAUUUGCAAGCGUACAUGUUGAGACUUCUAUUGGAGUAUGCGGUGCGUUCGGAUUGGCGGAUUCCACGUGUCGACAGCACUGAUAUCCCUCUCAGCGCCUGGCUGCAGACGACGGUGUGGAUAUGGUGAGUGCAUAAAGUCUGAAGCUGAUUUCUCACCAAAUCUAUUAGGACUUCUACUUGGACAGUCCGAGCCCCGAGCUUGACCCCGACUAUCAAGGGCGUAUUCUCACCAUGUACCCAGAUGACUCACCUUAUGCCGACGAUAUGAAAGAGAGUAUUUCGACGGGUGCAGGCCAUGAAGUGGAUCAGGCCGAGAUGGUCAGCGACUUUGAUUUUGACCAUACCGCUGGAGAAGACGGCCAAUGGGCCGGAUACGAAAUGAGCGAGGAUGAGAAUCACGAAUCUUGGAGAGAAACGAUUCCCGUCUUCAGUGACGAAGAGGCUGAGCACGGUGCUCAUCGUACUGACCAUGGGGUAUCCGUGCACGGUGCACAUGAAGCAGCGCUCCGUGGCGUGGACGAAUCGGAUAAAAUGCGGCCGGAGGUCAAGACGAAGUCGGCCAAUCGAAGGCCGAAAGAUAAUACGCCUUUCAUGAUAUCGGCAAGCAGUCUGGAAGACGAAGACGAGAGCUUGGAUUCUGGCGAACUUGAGGUCGACGAGCCAGAUCAGGAUCCGUUCCUUGGGGGCGAAGACGAUGAGAGGUAUUGGGAGCAGGUCGAUGUGGCGGACGAGACGACCGCGGACGAGCAAGAGAAUUGGAAGAAUUAGCAUAUGAGCAUGGGACUGGACAAGACGUUACACCACUAUAUUCAAUCGCACGUUAAUUGAGGUUCUUCAGAAUUGGGUUAGCACAUAGCAUAUGCAGCAUGCAGGGGUUCCGUGGAACGAGC